CGGGGGGGCAUGCUGGGCGUUGGCUGCGGGCCGACUCCGUCCCCUUACGCCGCUGCCCCUCCGCCCCCAGAACCGACACCAUCGCCAGCCAUGGACGCUGCCCUCCCACUGCCAACGCCCCCGUCGCCUUGCUCUCGUCUCUGGCUGCGCACCUGCCGACGGCAGUCUCGGAAGUCCGCCUCGGGCACAGACACCCGCGCAGCGGACGCCACGGCCCACCAUGGAGCGCAGCCUGUCCACGCUGCCGCCCACUGGAGACCCUGCUCCCCGCCACCGCCUCUGCCACCUCUCACGGCGCACCUGCAGACGGUGGGCUGGACCCCGCACCUGGCCGCAGAACCCACCACCGAGGAGCAACAGCCCGCAGCUUCCCGCAGCGGACUCCUUCCCCGCCCCAUCCUUCCCCAACCCGAAGCCGCCUGCCCCCUGGGGAUGGCUGCUUACGCAGGUGAUGGCGCAGCUGGAAGGACACGUGCCGGGCAACGGAAGUAGGUGGCGCUGGCCGGCGGGAGGAGCGUGCGCAGCGGGCACCGGAAGUGGGCGGCGCUGGUCGGCGGGACGAGUGUGCGCAGCCUUGGUUGCGGGCAGACCCCGCCCCCCUCGGGCGCUGCCCCCAAACCCCAAUGACAGAGCACGCGCAUCAAUCCCACACUCCCCUUUCUGUGCAGCAUCCAUGUAAAAUAAAAGAUGGUACUCACAGAACCCAAGAAUGGACUACAGUUGCCAAAGGGAAAGGGACUGGGGAGGAUGGGUGGGAAGGGAGGGAUAAGGGGGAAAA